GAAGGCCGCGGGAGCGGCUCGCUCAAGGGGUUGGGCGUUCCCGACGUGCUCCGCGGCGCGCCAUUAACAGCCGGAUUUGAAUCGUGGGACCGCUCGGCGGCGGCGGCGGCAUGGGCGCCCCGACGUUGCCCCCGGCCUGGCAGCUCUUUCUCAAGGACCACCGCAUCUCAACGUUCAAGAACUGGCCCUUCUUGGAGGGCUGCGCCUGCACCCCAGAGCGGAUGGCCGAGGCCGGCUUCAUCCACUGUCCCACUGAGAACGAGCCCGAUUUAGCCCAGUGUUUCUUCUGCUUCAAGGAGCUGGAGGGCUGGGAGCCCGAUGACGACCCUAUAGAGGAACAUAAAAAGCAUUCAUCUGGUUGUGCUUUCCUUUCUGUCAAGAAGCAGUUUGAAGAAUUAACCCUCAGUGAAUUUUUGAAACUGGACAGAGAAAGAGCCAAGAACAAGAUUGCAAAGGAAACCAGCAACAAGAAGAAAGAAUUUGAAGAAACUGCAAAGAAAGUGCGCUGUGCCAUUGAGCAGCUCGCUGCCCUGUAGUGAGGCCUGCGACCUGCUCACCUGGUCCCCGAGGUCCUCGUUUCCAAGGCCUCUUCCCAGUGUCUCCAGCCGUUCCUUGGGACCCCUGAGCAAUGUCUUGGGAAAGAGAACAUCAGAACUUUGAAUUUAGAUAUUCCGACUAUAUUUCUGUUUUCUUGUAAAGUGGCACCAGAGGCUGCUUCCGCCUGUGCAGCUGCUGCUGCCAAUUACAGUAACCGAUUCUCUCUCUUUCUUUGGUGGUUUUGCUUUUUUAAUUCCUGGACCUGGCAGGCAAGACGCGGGUGAGGAAGAAGCCAGGGCUGAUGGCUUUGUUUGUGUGACCUCAGGUCUUUGACUCGCUGUCACUCUCAGCCCCAGUGUGGACUUGGCGGUGCUUGUUGAAUCUGAGCUGCAGGUGCCUCACCUGUCACACGCCUGUGCUGCUUCAGCGGGUUUCCUUCCUUCCUUUCUUUUUCCCACACCACCCCCUACUUGAUUUUUGUGUGAUGAGGGGGGAAUUGAGACACAGCCCCCAGCUCCUCCUAAUGUCUGAACAUGGUUUUCCUAUUUUUGUUUGAAGUAUUAUUUCACAAAACAGUGCAGACUGCAGCUGGGAGCGAGCACAAAGCCGUUCUAAGUCCCUGGGGAAACAAGGGCGAGCGCUAGGUGGAUCUGGAGAUGAAGUGAGGUAGCAGGAAACAUCUAGCAGAUCUCAUUUAUGAGUUGCGGCAGGAUUAGACAGGCCUCGUGAGCCGUAGGGCACAUGCCAGCUGUUCCCUCCCUGAAAAAGGCAGUGGCCUGAAUCCUUUUUAGAUGACUUAGACCGGCAGGGCUGCUGCAGGCCGCGUGACUGUCAGCCUGGACGGGGCUGCGCAGGUUUGGCCGCCUCCAUUGCUGCUCCGUCCGCAUGUCUGUCACAGAGCGGGCCGUGGGAGGCGCGCCCUGCACCUGUCCCCACGGGCCUCUGGAGGCAGCUCCCCCGGGCUGAGGCCUGAUGUUAAGAUAAUUUGGUUUCACCCUCCUUCAAGUAAAGCUGCAGGGUGGGUUGUUACAGCUCCACUGGAAACCUCUGGAGACUGUCUCAGUUGUUUCUGAGAAAUAAAAGCAUGUCAUUUCAAACAGG